GCAAAGGCUGUGUCGACCCCUAGCCGACUGAAAAAUGUGUCUCUAUUUACAGAAACUACAUUUUUAAAGCUGCCUGCUCCUACUAAUUUGCUUUUUGUAAGUAACCCUCACACCCCCUCUUUUAUGCUUAUGCUUCUGCUUGCUUCCUUCUCUACAAGACAGAAUCUCUCUUUAUCUCCCUCCCUCUCUCUCUCUCUCUGAGCCCCCUCCAUAAAAUCCCCUCUACCAUCCAAAAAGCAACACUGCCCCCCACACUCCACACUUCCAUUCCUCACAGAACAUUCAUCAAACACUUGCAGCAAUGCCCCCAGAAACAAGUGAUCAUCGACGAUCAACAAAGCCACAGCAACUGGGUGGCGCGCCACCUCCCGAACCAGAACACCUCCCCUGUCCCCGCUGUGACUCCACCAACACCAAGUUCUGCUACUACAACAACUACAACUUCUCUCAGCCUCGUCACUUCUGCAAAGCCUGUAGGCGUUACUGGACUCACGGUGGCACUCUCCGCGACAUCCCUGUCGGCGGCGGUAGCCGCAAGAAUGCCAAGCGUUCCCGGCCUUCUUCUUCCAUUUUCGCCACUUCUGGCCAGGACUACCGCCACCUCCCCGCCGCCGCCACCCCCAUUUUCCUCCCCCUCUCCGGCGGUGAUCAUGGUGGGUCCCUCCCUUUUAUGAGCGACGUUAAGCAGGGUUAUAACAUGUGUGGCAGCUUCACUUCGCUAUUGAAUCAAGGGCCUGGGCUUUUGAGUCUUGGUGGGUUUGGGCUUGGGAUCGGCCAUCAUGGGUUUGAAGAUAUGGGCUUUGGGCUUGGAAGAGCCUCUGUCUGGCCGUUUGCUGGCGUCGGAGACGGUGGCGAUAACGGCGGAGGUGGCGGCGGACAUGUGAUGGGGAACACGUGGCAGCUUGAGAGUGGCGAAAGUGGGUUUGGGAGUGGAGAUUGUUUUACUUUGCCGGAUCUUGCUAUUUCAACCCCAGGAAAUGCAAUGAAGUGAUUAUUAUGUUUGUUAUUACAAUGUGUUUUUAAUCAGUGUCGUGUAAUGGUUCAAUCAUAUCAGGUUAUGUGGUUUAAGCCAGGCAGCCUCAUGUAUUAGCAACCCAAGUUAUGUUCAGUGCAAUCACAUAAACCUUAAUUUAAAUUUAAACUUGUCCA